CCCCUCCACUAUUUGCUUUUGCAGUAGUCUCGUUGCAGCUUCGUGUUCAGUUUUAACCUCAGCAGUUCUAGCAGUCAUCGGCAGAAAAGGAAAACGACUGUUAAAGCUCUUUUCAUUUGGAGGCUGUUGGCUCAAGUUGCGGUCGGGAGAAACUACAGCAUCGUCUUGCAAAGCCCGUUUCGGGCCACACACUAUGGAGCUGCCAGCUACCGGCGAGCAUGUCUUCGCGGUCGAGAGCAUCGAAAAAAAGCGGAUUAGAAAGGGCAAAGUGGAAUACCUGGUGAAAUGGAGAGGAUGGUCUACCAAAUAUAACACGUGGGAACCAGAGGAAAACAUCCUAGAUCCCAGGCUUCUGAUCGCCUUCCAAAACAGGGAACGGCAGGAUCAGUUGAUGGGCUACCGCAAAAGAGGACCCAAGCCUAAACAUUUACUAGUUCAGCUUCCAGCUUUUGCUCGACGAUCGCAGAUUAUUUCUGGCCUCCAUGACUCUUCUGUUAAUGGAGUUAGUAGACCAAAGACUGAUAUUGCACCUUUCAGCAAACAUCUGCAACAUCAGCAGUAUGAGCUAGACAGCAGGAAGCAUCACCAGUACCAACCAAAUGGUAAAGAUGGACUAGUCGAACACCAGCCUAGUGGGAAAAAGAAGUACUAUUAUCAACUCAACAGCAAAAAGCACCAUCAUUAUCAGCCAGACCCCAAAAUGUAUAAUCUGCAGUACCAAGCAAACAAAGACUGGCAAAGCCAGUUGUCUUUUGACCAGUGCAGAAGCCCAUCUGUUGGUAAUCCAGAAGAGCUGGCCCAUAACCCAGAGCAGAACUUCCCAAAUCAGGAAAAUGAUCUUUCUGCUGUCAAGACAUUUAAUGCUCUGCCUAAUUCUAGUGAGAAUAAUGGGGUCCCUAAGGAUGGGUCAAACUUACCAAAAGAGGGUUUGCUGGGAGGUGGUGUUGGUGGCAGAAUGAAAAUUGUAAAGAACAAAAACAAAAACGGAAGGAUUGUAAUAGUAAUGAGCAAAUACAUGGAGAAUGGGACCCCAGCAGUAAAUAGCAUUGCAAACCAUGAAAGAAAGAACAAAGAAAAAGAUACUGAUGCUGGGGCCAAAAGUCCUAGUGACAGGAUUAAGGAAGUAGAAGAACGACUUGGAACUUUAACUGAAGCCAUCAGAGAAAUGGGUAAAAAUAAAUCUGAAAGUGGAUCUAUACAUGUCAAUAGCAUUGAAAAGCAUUCAGUGGAUCUUGUUGGGGAUGUAAAUAAGUCUCUUGCUGAUAAGGAGUUUGGUAAUGAUGAACCACUUCAGCUUACAACAAAACCAGACUUGAUACCGUGGUCGUUUGAAGCUGAGAAUUUGGCGCGACUCAGUCAGAACAAGGUUGAAGUGGGGCUAAACCUCUCUCAUCCUAGGAAACGUUGCCUGUCUGAAACAAAUACUGAGAGAGAAUCUUGCAAGAAACUCUUGCCCUCCAGGAGCAUUAGUGCCCCAGAAACGGUGUCUUACCCAGAGCAGGAGAAACCUAUGGACCUCCAUGUCCAUAGCCCUCGGAUUAUAGAACAACAUUUUGGGUUUGAUUUGGACCAGGAUGAACCUAUUGAUUUGAGCUGUGUAAAGUCCAGGGCCGUGACUGAUGUGAGCUGUGUAACACCCAAAGCUGUGACUGAUACUUUGGAUAAAUCCAUGGUGUUACCAGCAAAUGAGAACCAAACAGACAAGGUUCCAUCUGAGGAAGGAGUACAAGCAGAGAAAGAACCAUCUUCCACCAGUUUCAGACCAUUUUUUGGAAACAUAAUAAUUACUGAUGUCACAGCAAAUUGUCUAACAGUUACAUUUAAGGAAUAUGUAACUGUUUAAUCAAACCCAAAAUUGGAGUGUAAUGUUUCUUUUGGAAAAUUUGAUAUUGCUUUAUUUAAGAAAAAUUCUUAUGUUUUCUCUUUGAACAUUUUAAACCCCAGUUUAAAAUGGGGGUUUGGAACCAAGUCUGAAGUAAUAUAACUUUUUAGCUUGAAACUUUCAGAGGCAUUAUUUAUAUGCAAGAGGAUUGCUGUAACAAUUAAAUUAACAGUUUUCUGAUCUUUCUUAAUACAGUUCACAAGGCUGUACUCUCAUACUAAGCAGGGUGUUAGAGUUAUCAUAACUUCAUCAGUUUGAAAAAAAAAAGAAACUGUUGUGAGGUGAACUGUCUUUUUUUGUUUGUUAGAGAACUAUAAUCAAAACUGUGCAGACAUUCAAGUAGUCAGAAGCAAUUUAAUGCCACAGUCUAAUCCAUUUAGUAUAUCUUGGUCAGUCUGUGGUUCACUGGAAUUUGAACUUAACCAAACAUUCCGUUUUUUAAUUAAAAAUAGGAUGUUGAUUUGUGACUUAGUCACUUAGAAACAUGGCGUGACUAAAAGUAACGGAUUAAAAGGGCAAAAAAGCACUUGAGCAAUUCUAGCACUGUAUGAAAUGCAUCUUUCUCCCUUUUUGCCUCAUUUGAAAAAAAAAUGUCUGAAUGAUAGUCCUUUAGAGUUUCUCAUUUUAUGCUAUAGCACAUGAAAAACAUAACAUAUGAAUGUCCCAUUUGCAGAUAUAGGACAUGCUGUUUUGUGCAGCAAUUUUCUUACUGAUACAUACUUGUGCCGAGAAGAAAAAACGCUGGAUUGUGUCAUAGUUUUAACAAUUUUGAGAUGCUUUGUUGUCACUGUGAAUCUUUUCAUCCGUUGCAAAUGGGCCGGGCAAAAGUUAGAACUGUUGAUGUACUCAUGAAUAUGCUACUCCUGGUUUGAAUAUAGCGAUUCCUUCUGAAUAUAGAUUUAAGGCUGUUAGGCUGUCGUCAAAGUGCUGCUGUCGUUUAAAUGUUUUACCUAGAGGCUUCCAGAUUUCUUUGCUUGAAUGUAAAUAUGUAAGUCAAAAUGUUUUUAUUAAAAAAAGUGCUUAUGGUGAAGUGCGGUGCCUGCAGAAAGAAAUCUCUUAAAUGUAAACAUUGAUGGAUGCUCUAAUGCCUUUUAAAGAUGGUUUCAGUUUGCAAGAUUGCCCGUUAUGAAAGCCAUCUUGGGGGGUGUACUAUUUAUGGGGUGUACUAUUUAUUUUACAAGGGGAGUAAUGUAAUUGUUUAAUGAUCACCUGAGGUUCAGUUUUAUUAUGUCAUGUAAGGAACCAUCUGCCUGUUACAGUGUGUCAUAUCCACUUGGGCUUUAAAAUGCAUUUUACUGCUACCAUGUAAUCACUACUGAAAUAUUAAAAUGUAUCUCUUUUUCAAGAAAGUUGUUCAGGCAAAAGUUCAGAAGGAUGGUACCCUACUGUAUGCCUUUUAAAGGAGGGGGCUAAUUGGUCUGAAGUGUUCUUUGCAAUACAGUUAUUAAACUCCUUCCAGAAAUCUGUGUCUACAUGUGUUGUGGUAUUUAGGCAAUCAUUUCUGUAAGUUGUUUGAGAUCGUAAACUCUGGUAAUGCUCUAGUAAAGCGAUUCUUUACCUUAUGAAAAGAAUGGUGCUUUCCCUGUGACUUUUCUUCCAACGUGUACUUCUUUUGGUAGGCUGAUCCUACAAUUUCCUGCAGAGUAUGAUUAAGUAGAAAAGGGCAGAAGAUGCAUUAUGUUACCUCUGUCGAAUGGAAGUGUGUCCAGAAUGUCUGCUGUGUAUCCCAGUUGCUGUGGGGCAUUUGUGGUUUUGCUGUAAUAUUAUUGAUUUUAUAGUUGUGCACUUUGUUUAAAAGUAUUUUCAUUCCUGUAGUUGUAAAAUGCAUGGCUUUAGGUGGUUAUUUUUCAAAGUUCACUUAUCCAUCUUUGAGUUUCAUGGGGUGAUGAAGUAGGUUUUCAUUUCACUGAUGUCUCUAUCCCCUGAAUGUGUAAUCAUUUUGUUCACAUGUUUUAAACACAUUUCUUGGAAAAAUGACCAUCAUUUUUUUGAUUGACUCAUUGGCAAUUUUUCACAUAUCACAAGUUCUAUUUUGAUGUGUGCCUGUAGUAGCUAUCAUGUAGGUAUUUAUAAUUUUUGAAGUGUUGAUGAUGACUGUUGGUAUGAAUUGUUGAGGUGAUUUCUGGGUUAGUCACAUAUACAGAUUGGGGUAUAAAUUUGAACAGAGAUUGGUGCAGAUUCCCUGCAGUGCUAUGUGUCAGGGAGGGAGUCGUUAAUGUUAUGUCUCAUCGCAGAAACUGUUGGUGUUAGUUGCUAUUUAUAUUUCUCCUUGUGUUAAACUGUAAAUAACAGCAGGGCAGAGUUUCUUUAUUUCAAGAUGAAGAGGUGGAAAAGAAUUCAUAUGCAUAGUGCAACAUUAUAUGACUGCUCAGAUCUCACAGUAAAUAUGCACUCACUGUGUUAAAAGUCAAACCACAGAGCUUAGUCAUUUAGAAGUCUGAAGUAAAACUGAGUGGUUUAAUCUCCACCCCCUGUACUCAUUCUAAAGAUGUUUUCCUGAUUAUCUUGAUAGCCUUAAUUGCUUGAAAGUCUGUGUGUGGUUUAUAAAUAUAACAUUUUUUUUAUGAAUGUUGCAUACACAUACCUCAUUCAUGAGUUAUAGGGUGGGUUUUAGUAUUAACAGUCUAUGAGUUGUAGAACAAGUAGUGCAGUGUAAGUCAGAAAUCUGUACUGUGACCUGUCAUUUAUCUGAUUUCUUUUUGUAAUAUUUUGUUGAUGUUGACACUGUGAAAGGUUUGUUUCAGCAGUGCAGAAUUACAUUUUUGCCUAAAUUAAAUUAUGGUUAACAAGACAGUUGGGAGCAUCCUGGCAUUUCAUUGUGAAACAACCAGUUUUUGUGUGCUGUAAGCUGUUGUAGAACUGAGCAGUGUAUGUUAAUUGCCAUUUGCUGUGUAAAGUAGCGAUCAUCUUAAAAACAGCGUGUCAUGAGCAUUUUAUAUCUUCAUAUGUAUGUGAACAUUUUUUUUGUUUAAAAACUUGUGCACACACAAACAAAUGUUGUGCAGAAAAGGGUUAAUGUAGGACUGGAGAGGAAAAGUAAGGAUGUGACUUGUGGUGUUUUGCAAGGGCUUUGUCACAGUGGCCUCAGUUUGUGAUGUAACCGGUGAAACUUUUAAGUCCUAUCUGUUAUAUCAGAAGUAGCCUUUCUGGAGUAAGAGGAGUGUGUAUAGUAAAACAUAAAUCAGAAGUGUAGCAGGAAAGAUUCUGUGGGGGAUUAAAGGUACAGAAGUUGGUGAUUAAGGCAUGUGGACCUCCUUGGUUAAUACAUUUGGAAUGGCACAACAUUUCAUUCAGAUGCACAGAUGUAGAAGGCUCUUUAAGUCUGUUCAUCGGUAAUGAGAUGUCAGACUCACUACUAUUGUAGUGAGUUUGUUUCUAUAAUCAGUUUAGGGGCAUCUUUUAAUUGCCAAUUAGCCCUUCUUAUUAUUUUGUAGCUUUCUGUCCCAAAGCAAGUAAUUUAUUUAUACCACAUUCUUAGCAUGACUACCUUCUGACAAAUUUGCAUCCAGAACUGUUUGUCUGCAAACUCUUCAUCAGAAAAGUUGCCAGAGUUUUGGAAUUUCCUGCUAUCUUCCAGAACAACCCCCUCCCAAAAAAAAAAACACAUGCACACUUCCCCACAUAGACCCACUCACCCAGGAGUUCCACCUUGGUACUGCAAAACAAAAAAUUAUGAACUUGACAGGCUUGAGGAAAAAUAUUUAGUUAACCAGGUUUUUAUCUUAAAACAAAAAAAUAACCUUUUAAUAAAACAUAUGUAACUUAUUAACGUGAUUAUAUAAUAUUAUGACAAGGAUUUUUUUAAUGUAAAUCUUAAUGUAUAUAAUUGCACAAGACAAAUGAAGUGAGUGCUAUGGCUUAUCUAGCUAUGUCCUUAACUUUAUGUUAUUGUUUUGUUACAAUGUCUCAUUUUAUGAAUCAGUUAAUGCCACAGACUGAUGACUUAAAACUUUAACGCUCUUAUAACAACAAUAUUCACAUACUGACUGACCUAGAUUAGCAACUGUUUUAGUAAUGUUUUUACAUCCAAAAGGUAAACUACACACUGCUUACUUUCUUAGAUAAAAGAUAAUAUUAACAAAAUAUUUUAGUGAUGGUGUUUUCAUAUGUAUUAAAAAAGAAAACAGCCUGCUGUUUACUACUUA